AUGGCAUUUCCACCUACUGACAAUUCAGGGACAGGAAUCGGCACAAAAUUGAAUGGUAGUGGAACAAAAUCUAUUUCAACUUCUACUCAUGCAAACAUUUCAGCUUCUGCGGAGUUUAAUAACUCGGAGUCUUCUCAAAGUCUUGAGUCACUGUCUUCGCCAGUCGUCUGCGAUAGCGGGUUAGAUGAAGAUGAGGAAUUUGAAAAAGAAAUGUGUCUCAUGCUUACGGGCAACCAUCCCCAAACGACUUACUCUCGCAAAGUUUUUCUUGGUGGUCUCCCUCCCUACACUGACCCAGAUGAUCUCCAACGGUUUUUUGCUACAUUCGGUGAAGUGGAGAUUGUGUGGCCACUGACAGAAAACACCGACUCUGAUCAAGAAGGCAUUGUUUACGGUUACGCAUUCGCAGUUUUUGCCUCGGCUGAUUCCGUAGUCAAUCUCGUCAACAAAUGUGCUCAAAUAAACGGGAAAUUUUCCAUUUCAGUACCUGUGGGCGGUACUAGACAUGUCUCUAUUCACGUUCGAGUGUGGCUGAACCGAAAUACAAAAUACUUCAGUGAAAAUGGUUCAGACUUUAUGGAUAAACUCACUAAGAACGCUAUCUUCGUAGGAGGUCUUCCCCGCACAGUGACAGCUAAAGAACUUUUCGAUCUUAUGUCGCUCACGUUUGGUGAUGUUAUAAUGACACAGAUUGAGGUCGAAUUGGAGACGGAUUAUCCAAAAGGUGCGGGAUGUGUCGUAUUUCGUGAUCGUGAUUCAUUUUUGGUGGCAAUCGCACGUCGUUUUGCAGGUUUUAAGUUCACAGAGUGUUUCAAAAAGGUCGAGUUGAAACCGUAUCUAAUCCGAUUUACGCAAUGUGAUGUAUGUCAAAAGUCAAGAGCCCGUAAUUUUUGUCCACAGUUACGAUGCCUCAAGUAUAUGUGUGAGUCGUGCUGGCAACAUGCGCACGUGGACCUUGAUAAUAAUAGUGAACACCUUCCUAUGGUUCGUUCGCCGCCUGUUCGGGCUCGCUUUACGACGAACAACCCUUUAAUGCAAAAGGAGCGCGAAGCUUCAAUCGGUUAUCCACUUCAGUCUCAGAAUAACACGAUUGAAAAUAGUGAAAAAGCCGAGGUUCACGCUAGAAAUUUAUAUCGACUAGUUAAUUCGCUUCCCAUUACUCCAAUUUCGCUGCUGGAAUCCAUGAGUGAACCACACAGAGACUGGAAUACAGACUGUGGUAUGUUCGACAGUCGCGGACCACCUCCACAUUCCGAAGCGCGCGAUUUCACGGGCACAAUUCAGCCAUCUCCACGUCGUUCUAGCUCCAGAAAGUCUACUUCUGAAGCGCGCCAUGAUUCGCAUCGUACCAACCAGCGCAUGUACUGGAACAAGUGUUAUACUCGGGGAUCUACUCAUGCACCACGCUCCCAAUUCUCUCACAAUUCGUACUACGCCAAAGAUUACAAUGCACCUGAUCGAGGCUACGGUAGCAUUGACUGGAAUGGAAGUUACGGUGAUACGGUCAACUUCUAUCCAACAGCAUCAACGGCCUACUGUGAUUCGUGGUCUGAACGCAUUUCAGCCCUCGCUAAUUCUUCUUUUUCAAGACCUGUACUUAUGUCUCCAUAUCGUUUGAACCACUUCGUUCGUGCACGUACAUCGUUUUCUCCCACUAUACGUCGACCGAAUCAACGUCCAACUAGUGCGCAAGCACAGAAGUCGACAAACGAUUAUAACGAUACUACCAAGGAUCUCAAUGAUAAUGUCGCUCUUCUGGUUUCUCAGUUCCAACUAUUUUGA